UUGGCUUGGCUUGGGUCUUCUUUCUCCACGUGGGUCUCCCUUCCUUCCUCUCUCUUCCUUCUUUCCUUCCUUUCUUCCCCUCAGAGAGGCCACCAUGCUCCUCGCCCGGGCCUUGCUCUCCUCGGCGUCCAUGGCUCCCAGAAGCCUCCACCGUCUCCUCCCUUCGCGGCCUUUGGCGCCUUUCGGCCUCCGACUACUAGGCCCCGACGCAGCCUCGGCCUCGAUUAGGCCCCUCGCCCGCUCCUUGUGGCUCCCCCGCGGGGCAGCGGCAACGCAAGCCCGAGGCCCCUUCCCCCUUCUCCUCCGCCCCGCUUCGCCUGCUUUCUCCUGCGCCUGCGGAGGACUUCACACCGAAGGUGACAAAGCUUUUGCGGAGUUUCUGACCGAUGAAAUCAAGGAGGAGAAGAAAAUCCAGAAGCACAAGUCCCUGCCCAAAAUGUCCGGAGGUUGGGAGCUGGAUGUCCAAGGCACGGAGGCCAAGCUCACGCGGAAAGUCGCCGGCGAAAUGGUCACGGUUUCCUUCAACAUCAACAAUAGCAUCCCACCAAGUUUCGACGAAACCCCAGAAGGACAGAAACCUGAUGAGCAAGAGCCAGAGCUCACAUCUACCCCAAACUUUGUGGUGGAGGUAACCAAAGAUGACACAAAGCAGACGCUUGUGCUGGACUGCCACUACCCUGAGGACGAGGUUGGUCACGGAGAGGAGGAGGAGGAGAGCGACAUUUUCUCCAUCCGGGAGGUCAGCUUCCAGCCCGCUGGAGAGUCAGAAUGGCGGGAGAACAAUUAUACCCUCAACACAGAUGCUCUCGACUGGGCUCUGUAUGACCACCUGAUGGAUUUCUUGGCCGACCGAGGAGUGGACAAUACGUUUGCAGAUGAGCUUGUCGACCUCAGCACAGCGCUGGAGCACCAAGAGUACAUCCGGUUCCUUGAAGACCUCAAAGGCUUUGUCAAAUGCCAGUAGGCCGGAAGAUGUGGUGGCCUACGUCUUCCCAAGGGUCUUUUGUCACCAUCCUUUUUGCAGUCAAAGGUUGGACUCGGGUUUAUAUAGCCCCCAGGCAACUAGCCAGAGAGAGCUGAAGUGCCACAGUUGGGGUUUAAAAUACACAUCAUGAAAGGGAACAUCAAAUUGUUCUAGAACCCGCAAGCGGCCAUUUUGUAGAACUGACUUGAGACGUAGUUUGGCUCCGAAGCUUAUCAGAGAAGAUGGCUGCCUGCUGUUUCCAGGACAAGGACCGAAUGUGUGUUUGGUUUUUUGUACAAUUUAAGGAGGACAGUAAAUGAUGUCAGAAUAAAAGCUACUGAAUACUCUUGA